CAUUAAGGGCCAAGGCUAGUUGUAGAGACCCAAACAAAAUUGGCGGUUUUGCCUGUCGUAAUUUGCUCGCUCUCUCUCUCUCUCUCUCUCUCUCUCUACCUGUGGGAAUUUUGUGUUCUUUCAGCUGUCGAAAGAGUAGGUCGUAUUGUCUAUUCAGCCAACUACAGAAUUUGAUUGUGAGGUGGUAGUUGAGAUGAUAGAAGGUGGACGUAUCCGGCUUAAUAGGUGGCAGCAGGCGGCCGUUGCAGUUGGUUCGGCGGUUGGUGCAUUACUAGACCCACGAAGAGCAGAUCUAAUAGCAGCCCUUGGGGAGACUACUGGAAAGCCAGCUUUUGAAAGAGUGCUAGAAAGAAUGAAGAGAAGCUCAGAAGGCAGAGCAGUUUUGUUGGAUCAACCACGUGUGAUAUCUGUAAAUGUGGGGCAUGCGUGGGAACUACCACCGAACACAUUCGGGGCUGCCUAUGCAAAGUUCAUGGGAUCCAGGAACUUCUCACCAGAUGAACGACCACCAGUGCGGUUCAUGGACACAGACGAACUGGCAUAUGUGGCCAUGCGGGCCCGUGAGGUGCAUGACUUAUGGCACACCCUUUUUGGCCUCCCCACCAACUUAAUUGGCGAGUCAGCACUCAAGGUGAUAGAGUUUAAUCAAAUGUACCUUCCCAUGUGCCUGCUGUCUGUUAUAGGAGGCACCGCAAGAUUCAACGAGAAGCAGAGGAAAUUGUUCUUUCAGCACUACUUCCCGUGGGCCAUCCAGGCUGGCAUGCAGUGCACAGAUCUAAUGUGCAUAUACUAUGAACAGCACUUUCACGAGGAUUUGGAAGAUGUUAGGAGGAAAUGGGGGAUAAUUCCUGCUCCUAUUCCCCCUAAACAAAAUGUUACUUGAGCAGCAGUAGGCUAGACAAGACACCAUGCUGGGUUUUUAAGUUGUCCCGCCGUAGUACUUGUGUUCUAGUAUGAAAUGAUUGGUGAGGCAAAACCUUAAAGUAACACAACCUCUUGUAUCUCUCUCGUAUACUUGGGCUCUCGCCUAUUCUCAUGAUCAAUAAAGUUUUGUUUACCAAU